GCCCUUCAAACGCGAGCAGACGGCUGACAGGAAUAACAAAAUAUACGCUUACAUCAGAAGGAAAUAUGACAUUAUUAAGUCUAGCGAUUGAAAAAGAUGAUGUUUCGAAGACAAAACCUUCCUUCCAAGGACCGUAAAUCUCCGUGGGUGCUCUAACUGUAUCUCUACAUGGAAACAAUGAAGACACUGUUUGAGCUGACAGCAGAAUUUGUGGGAGAACAUGGGCACCUGUAUCCAAAGGCUGCCUUUGCCUGUCAGCCACGCACAGUACUUGAGCUGGUUAUGAUGAAACUGAGUGCUGCUGAUCUCUAUAGGCUGGAUGACAUCCUGUGCUGCCAGGGUUUAGAUGUAGAUGUUGUAUGGCAUCAUCACUGCCAGACCCUCAACUUGCUCCGACGAGGUGUCAAGGAUGUGUUUGGGGAGUCAGAUGGUAUAACCUGCUACAAGGAUAUCUACCAUUACAAACAGUUCCAUUCUCUGCUGACAAUUCUCUCUCUUGAUACAUUUGCUGCUGGCAUGUGUGAUGUUCCAUCACCGACUGAUAUGUACACAGUGCCUUUGCACAAACUAAAACAAGGACAAGGUUCACGCCAGGCAGAUGAGGUCCAUCCAUCCAUCUACAAAUCUUUUCUUAUGAAAUGUGCAAAGUAUUGCAAGAAACUUGUUUUAAAUGGACGACAUGUACACUAUAUAGCUUCAGAUGAAGAACUAAUGAUGGAACUGAUCAAACAUACUGAAAAGCUUGUCAUCUCUCCACUUACAACAUUUUGCUUUUAUAAUUUGAAGCAUUUCCUAACCCAGCUUUUGACAGAAGGGCACCUUGAACAAAUCUCAUUACGUGGGUCAUCACUGAGCGAGAAAGAAUUAACACAGCUGUUAGCCAUAUGUAGUGGCUGUCCUUGUCAUGGAGAGGAAACUGCCAUGUUUAGUGGUGGGAAAGAAGUUGUGAAAUCUGUUUCCACUACCAUGUCCACCCUCUUGUUGAAAAAGUCUUUCACAACUGCACCAGAAACCACAAAACAAAGCUCCUCAAAUGAAUCAUCUCCGGGAUCUUCAGACACAUCAUUAAAAGAUCAGUUAAACCAGUUAUACCACAGAGACUUACAGGACAAAGUGCUGGACUGUUUGCUGGAUCAAGCAGUCCCCAGCAGUUCAAACUCUCAGACACAGGCAAUGUCAUCAAGUGAUACUUCUUCAGAAACUAGUGCAAUAGGUAGUACCACUCCACCCAGAUGUCUUUCACCCCAGGCUAAACCUUACAGCAUACCUACCUCACCUUUAGCAUCAGAUAAAUCCAAGUCCAUACUCUCAAGAAACACUUUGAGCAAGUCUAGCUCAAAUCACCAGAGUCUGUCAGCAACUGCAGUUUCGAGGCCGAAAGUCCAUAGGCGUGUAUCUGAUUGUCUGGCAGCUAGUAGCUCCGCCAGUGAAUGUUCUGCUGCUUCCAGUGAUUUGAUCCAUAGAAGUAGGUCUUGUGAAAAGCUCUGUGUAGGCUCUGGUGGAGUUCCGAUCUUUGCUAUGACCAGUGAUACUGGAACUCUGACAGCUGGUGAUAUUAUCAGUCAGUAUCUACCACAUUGGAGCAACUUGAGAAAACUGUAUGUCUUUUUGAGUGCAGGACUUAUGAAAACUGUUCUGGAGUUGGUGCGCCGUAAACAACUGACACACCUAGUUGUUGACACAGGCUUUACAGAUAUGUUCUUAGAAUGUCUUAUACACCUAUUUAUGUGUCACUACCAGCACAGUGAAUAUGUGCGUUCAAAGCCAAUGGAGUUCUUUCAAAUAUCUGGAUGCAAGCUCAUCUGCAUUCAAGAACCUGUAACCAUCAAACACAAGCUAGCUGCAGUGAAGGUUUUAGAUUUGAGUUGGAACUCUUUCGAAGAACAAACAUUCAACCUCCUGCUGGAGUUCAUCAGAGCUGAUACUGCUUUGAGAGGUUUGAGGCUGGCCUCGUGUCAUUUGCAGCCUGACAAGAUACGUCAAAUUCUUGAUACUCUGAUUGUAAAACAAAGGAACACAGGUCCUGGUAUGGAGGAACUAAGCUUAAAUGACAACAUGGUAGAAGGUGAGGGAUGCGAGCAGUCUCUCACAAAUUUUGUGCUGCAUUCAAUGUCCCUAAAAAAGCUAUGCCUUUCCAAUGUGGGAUUGUCCAACACAAUAGAUUUUUGCCCGAGCUUUGUAGAUGCAGUAGGAGAUCACCAGGGCCUGGAAAUACUUGACAUCAGCAACAACUAUCUGGGAGCCAGGCAUUUACAAGUAUUAGAGAAGAUCCUUGCUCUUUCUCCUGUUAUGAGAGAUCUGAAUGCUGCAUUCAACCAAUUCAAAGGACAAGAUCUGAUAGAGAUGUUAGACAGACUGGAGAGGAGUAGAAGUAAAUUGAAACACAAGAUGGACCACCUCAGUCUCAGUCGCAAUGUUUUCACAGCUGAUGAACAAAUGUGUAUCGUGAACAGGUUCUCAGUAUAUGCCCAUGAAGUAAGGGCCAAUUGUAUAGGCAUGCAUGCUGAUCCUCUUGAACAUGUGGCACAGAUGUGAUGUGUAAUGGCUUUCUAGCAGGCACUGACCAUAAAAGAAAUAAAAAGUGUUUUGUUAUAGUGAA